AUGGCCCAUGGAGACCGACCACGACCGCCUGCAGCGAACGAAGCCAAAGCCUUUGCGCAAAGAUUGUGCAGCGCUGUCCAGGCAAAUAAAGUGAAGGUUGUGAAGGAUCAGGUGGACGAGAAACUGUCUGAAUUCGGGCCGGACUACAAGCUGCCUGAAGACCACGUAGAGAACGCCUUAAAUCUAGCCUGUGAUCAAGGCCACCACCAAGUUGCGCAAAUUCUGGUCGAGCACGGAGCAAGACUUGAUACUGAAGAUGAAGACGGAAAUACACCUCUCCACAGAGCAGCCAAAGAGGGACGUUGGACAAUUGCUGAGCUCCUUAUCAACACUAUGAAGCAGCGAAGCCAAGGUGACGACAAGCUUGUGAAAGAAUAUGUAACAAGAAGCAAUGCGAAGGGGGAAACUGCGUUUCACGUCUUUGCCCAAAGCACUAAGAAGCGAUUUGCGAAGUCUUCUGUACCAGCCAUCGUGUCGACCUUCGUUGAUGCGGGUGUGGAUGCAGAAGCCCGAGACGAAAAGGGCUGUACGGCAGCACAUUAUGCGUGCGAGUAUGGAUCAGUCGCCUUCCUUGAGAAGCUCUAUAGCAUCAAAAAGGCGUCUCAGCAGGAUGCCGGGUGGAUGGGCAUUCAGACCUUUGCGGAAGGAAACCGGGGCGGGAAGGCAACAUGUCUCCACGUCGCUGCAAGAAACGCACAAACCGAAGUGGUACGAUGGCUACUUUCCCGCAUGCACAAGGCUGAUUUGGCGAUCAAGAACGCACGAGGAUGGACUGCUCGGCGUGUUGCCAGCAAGCUGCCUGUCGCCCGAAAGCGAUUUGAGGUGAUGUUUGAAUUUCUUAGUCAGGAAUAUUAUUGGGUCGAGUUGAGCGAGCUGCUUCUCUGGAACACCGAGAAGCUGAAAGAUCACCAAGAACGGUACUGUUUCCGCGUAAACAAUCGCGCAGGACCGAGUUUCCUCCUGUACAAGUUGGUAAAGGAAGAAACCAUAGGACCACAAGUAGUCGAUCUAUUCCUCCAGGGUUUCUUCGACGAUAGUCAGAAUGAUAUUCUGAGGACAAGGCAGCCAUGCUGUGUCUGGGAGAUGAUAGAUAGGCCGGGUUUGGACCAAUCAACGAUACCAGAAGCGUCUCGCGAUGAGUAUCUAGCUAUCGUGAUGCCAGUCUUCCUCGUCCAGGAAUGGUCGCAUCUUCAGAGAUGGAGGAAGGAACCGGACGGAGGCCUUCGUCACAACACUUUUAGCCGACACCCUGCGCGGAGAACCGAUCGGAAACGACCGCGUCCCAUGGCAAAUUCCGAACAUGAUCCAGAGGACUUCGAUAUCUACAUGCCGCUUACCUUGGAUGAGUACUGCAACCAAAAGCUGCCUCAGGAAAGCCUUGAUGAGCGCAACUCCCUGCAGGUACUUCAUUGGACAACCGCCCUAAAUCAAAAUGAACACUGGACGCGUUUGGAAGAUACACGCAUCGGGAAACCAGAAGAUAAGGCACUACUGCUGAUGGUUGGUCAAGCCUGGAUCUGGAAUAUUGGCAGCACGCUCAUUACCUCGACGGUUUCAUUUGACAAGAAGCACUUUGGGGACAAAAACUCUCUCAAUGUACCAAAAUAUGCGAAGGAUGAAAACGUGAAUAUCCAUCCUACCAGUUCAAAUGGCGACAACUCAAAGAGGUACAGGAGUAUUGGCAUUAUUUUGUCCAACCUCAUUGCCUCAUUUGGUCACAAACCAGAUAAUAGACAAGGGUGGACAUUACCUCUUGCGGUAUAUGAGCAGGCUAUCACACUCGUCUCGAAGCGCGUAAACGAUUAUGCAAGGAGAACCGGGGUUGGAACAAUCAGCAUACCACAAGAAAGGACGUACCUUCUAUUGAUUGAUGACGUCCAGGAAGAGCUGAACAUGAUUGGGCGUGUUUUGAAUCAGCAAGAAAGGGUGUUUGACGAUUUCGUCAGUCAUGCAUGUCCAUCGCAGUUUUGGGACCCUGUGAAUGAACGAGCCAAAAUGCCGCGCGAUUACCAUACUAAGUUUCGCUCUGAGGAGCGGGAUGAGUGGGAUGAGUGGAGCACGAUUCUACAGGCCAAACCACAGAUUGCGAUGUUCCGUCGUCGGAUUCUCGAACUUAACGAGGAUGCUGAGCGAGUCAAGCAGUCCAUAACGGCACAGUUGGAUUUGAAGCUAAAAGGGGCCAGUAUCAGAGAGUCUCAUGCGACUGCACUCAUGAGCACUGCAGUAUUUGGGUUCUCAGUGGUCACGAUAAUUUUCGCCCCAUUGUCGUUCGUGACUGCGCUCUUCGCCCUUCCAAUCGACCAGCUCCAGAAAAACCAGGCGGACAAUCCAUAUUCGACCUUCAGCAAGAUGUACACCACGAGCUACGUUGGUAAAUAA